UUAAUCCGUCGCGAUUACGAUUAAUUUCAAUCGAAACGGAGGAUGAGGGAGACCGAAGGGGUGGAGAGAGGAGAGGGGCCCUACUCAUGCGAUGGCGCACACGCUCUCCUUCCUCUUCAUCAUUCCACUCGUGCGCUAUUCGCGAGACAACGUGUGGUCACAUCGCGCCGAUCUUCAUCUCGCCCUCGACCCUAAUCAAAUUGUCCGAUCGAUCAGUGAUCUCCGAGGAGUAGCUUUAAGAAUCAAAGAUGCACAGAUUACCAACCAUAUUGAGAGGAUCUGCCUUGCGUCAGUUGCAAGUACGCUCAUAUGCCAAAGAUGUACGUUUUGGAGCUGAUGUUCGUGCCCUGAUGUUGCAAGGUGUAGACAUUUUGGCGGAUGCUGUUGCUGUGACAAUGGGUCCUAAGGGCCGUAAUGUUAUUCUGGAACAAAGCUGGGGAAGCCCGAAGAUCACAAAGGAUGGCGUGACUGUGGCAAAAGGCAUUGAAUUAAAAGACAAAUUUCAAAAUAUUGGAGCAAAAUUAGUACAAGAUGUAGCUAAUAAUACUAAUGAGGAAGCUGGUGAUGGUACUACAACUGCAACCAUAUUAGCUAGAGCUAUAGCCAAAGAAGGAUUUGAAAAGAUCAGUAAAGGUGCAAAUCCUGUAGAAAUCAGACGAGGUGUAAUGUUGGCGGUAGACAAAGUCAAAGAUGAAUUGAAAACUUUGAGCAAACCAGUCACGACACCCGAGGAAAUCGCUCAAGUAGCAACGAUAUCUGCUAACGGUGACAAAGCUAUCGGCAACUUGAUAUCUGAUGCCAUGAAGAAAGUCGGGAAGGAAGGUGUAAUUACUGUAAAGGAUGGCAAAACGCUUACCGACGAACUAGAAGUCAUAGAAGGAUUGAAAUUCGAUAGAGGCUACAUUUCUCCAUACUUCAUCAAUUCCAGUAAAGGAGCCAAAGUCGAGUUCCAAGACGCGCUCAUUCUCUUUAGUGAAAAGAAAAUCUCCUCCGUUCAGAGCAUUAUCCCUGCCUUAGAAAUGGCCAACUCGCAACGCAAACCUCUCGUCAUAAUUGCCGAAGAUGUCGAUGGCGAGGCUCUGUCGACGCUUGUUGUCAAUCGUUUGAAAAUUGGAUUGCAAGUAGCUGCGGUUAAAGCUCCAGGUUUCGGUGACAAUAGAAAAGCCACUCUUCAAGAUAUGGCAAUAUCCACUGGUGGCAUUGUAUUCGGCGAUGAUGCUAAUCUUAUCAAAUUAGAGGACGUUCAGCCAAGCGACUUAGGUCAGGUGGGAGAACUCAUCAUCACAAAAGAUGAUACUCUCAUUUUGAAGGGCAAAGGAAAAAAGGCUGAUAUCGAUAGGAGAGCCGAUCAAAUUAGGGAUCAAAUUGAGAACACUACGUCCGACUACGAGAAAGAGAAGCUGCAAGAACGGUUGGCGAGGUUAGCAUCCGGAGUCGCCGUCUUGAGAGUUGGUGGAAGCAGCGAAGUAGAAGUUAACGAGAAGAAGGAUCGUGUACACGAUGCCCUUAAUGCCACUCGUGCCGCUGUCGAAGAAGGAAUUGUUCCCGGAGGUGGCACCGCUUUGUUGAGAUGCAUACCAGCACUACGGCAGCUCAAGGCGGUAAACAGUGAUCAAGAGACCGGGAUUAAAAUUGUAGCGAAUGCUCUGCGUAUGCCAUGUCUACAGAUCGCACAAAAUGCCGGCGUCGACGCCAGUGUGGUGGUGGCUAAAGUGAGCGAGGGCAAGUUGGGUUACGACGCUCUGAAGGACGAAUAUGUUGACAUGAUCGAAAAGGGCAUCAUCGAUCCCACAAAAGUCGUGCGCACAGCACUAACCGAUGCAGCGGGCGUCGCGUCGCUGUUGACGACAGCGGAAGCAGUUGUCACUGAGUUACCUAAAGAGGAACCACAAAUGCCGAUGGGCGGUAUGGGUGGUAUGGGAGGAAUGGGCGGCAUGGGUGGCAUGGGUGGCAUGGGCAUGUAAAAAGAUAAAGACAAAGA